GAGAGAGAGAGAGAGAGAGGAGGCUAGUCGCAUCACUCCAGAGGAGUAGGCGUGCUCUUGUGCGCUGCAUCGUUUGAUGAUCUCCCCGGUUCCCCCUGAACCUCUGCUCUCUUGCUCUCUGCGGGUGAGGUCGGUCAAACAAAAAGCGACCGAGCGGACUUUCCCUGCCCUGCCGGAGGAGUCGAGCGCCACUUUCAGGCAGCAGAGCCGCGUGCGCCGCACCGGUCAGCGGGGCCACACCGCGGCACUUUGGAUAACUCACACAGCUGAGGAUCCGGACGUUUGCCAAGGCGCAUCGCUCAUCUGCGUCCCGCACCAAGAACAUCUGAACACAUUGCCAUGAACGAUUUAGUCAGACAGCGUACGUGACUUUUGACUACCUCCAUUUCCCCCUUUUUCUUUUUGUUUUUUUGGAUUCUCUGGAGGGGGAUAAAAAAAUCCACGGUGGCAGCAUAAGCCCAAAACUCGCUGUGUGCGCGUAGGGAGGGUAUCUUUGCCCAAGAUGCAGGUGGAUCGGAGCUGUGUGAUUUCCAGUGCGUGGUGUGUGUGUCUCCUUUUACUUUUCUCAACUCUAAGCACCAGGGUCAGUGAGGUGGGAGGCACCCACCAAAGCAUCCCUCCAUCCGUGGUGAAGCUGUGGGCUUCAGCUUUUGGUGGGGAGAUGAAGUCCAUCUCGGCAAAGUACUCCGGCUCCCAGCUGCUGCAGAAGAAAUACAAGGAGUUUGAGCGGGCCGUGCGAGUGCAGGAGAUUGACGGGCUGCGUCUGGUGAAGAGGCUGGCAGAGGACAUGGAGGAGAUGUUUCACAAGAAAGCCCAGGCAAUGAAGAGACUGGUGGAAGCGGCAGAGGAAGCCCACCUGCAGCAUGAGGAGGAUCCAGACCUGCAGUAUGAAUACUUCAAUGCGGUGUUGAUCAAUGAGGUGGACGAGGAAGGGAACAGCGUAGAGCUCGGAGGAGAAUUCAUCCUGCAACCCAAUGACCACUUUAACAACCUGUCAGUCAACCUCAGUCUCAGCGUGGUCCAGGUGCCCACCAACAUGUAUAACAAAGACUCUGCAAUCGUUAAUGGAGUGUACUGGUCUGAGGCAUUGAAUAAAGUAUUUGUGGAUAACUUUGAGAGAGACCCGUCCCUCAUAUGGCAGUAUUUUGGCAGUGCCAAAGGCUUUUUCAGGCAGUACCCAGGGAUCAAGUGGAAGCCGGAUGAACACGGGGUCAUAGCUUUUGACUGUCGUAACCGGAAGUGGUACAUCCAGGCUGCCACCUCUCCCAAGAAUGUGGUCAUCCUGGUGGAUGUCAGUGGGAGUAUGAAAGGCCUCAGGCUGACCAUCGCCAGGCAGACGGUAUCCUCCAUACUGGACACUCUUGGAGACGACGACUUUUUUAACAUCAUCGCCUACAAUGAGGAAUUGCAUUAUGUGGAGCCGUGCCUAAAUGGAACUCUGGUCCAAGCUGAUGUCACCAACAAAGAUCAUUUUCGGGAGCACCUCGACAAGCUGUUUGCUAAAGGCAUUGGCAUGUUAGAUAUAGCUCUGACUGAAGCCUUCAAUCUUCUCGGUGAUUUCAACGAGACUGGGAGGGGUAGUGAAUGUAGCCAGGCCAUUAUGUUGGUGACCGAUGGGGCAGUGGACACAUAUGAUCCCAUCUUUGCCAAGUACAACUGGCCAGAGAGGAAGGUCCGCAUAUUCCCUUACCUGAUUGGUCGAGAGUCAGCCUUCGCAGAUAAUCUGAAAUGGAUGGCAUGUGCUAACAAAGGCUACUUCACUCAGAUUUCCACAUUGGCAGAUGUGCAAGAGAAUGUGAUGGAGUAUCUCCACGUGCUGAGUCGUCCCAAGGUGAUCGACCGGGAGCACGACACGGUGUGGACUGAGGCCUACGUCGACAGCACUCUCCCCCAAGCACAAAAGAUGGAUGACGGUCAAGGUCCGGUUCUGAUGACCACAGUGGCAAUGCCAGUGUUCAGUACCAAGAAUGAGACUAGAAACCGUGGCAUUCUGCUAGGGGUGGUUGGCACAGAUGUACCUGUCUCUGAGCUGCUCAAGACCAUCCCCAAAUAUAAGCUGGGUAUUCACGGCUAUGCCUUUGCAAUCACCAACAACGGCUACAUCCUCACCCAUCCAGAUCUACGGCCACUUUAUGGAGAUGGCAAGAAGCGAAAGAAGCCAAACUACAGCAGUGUGGAUCUGUCUGAGGUGGAAUGGGAGGAUAAGGAUGACACGCUGAGGAAUGCCAUGGUCAACAGGAAGACAGGGACCUUCUCCAUGGAGGUGAAGAAGAGUGUUGACAAAGGGAAACGUGUACUAGUGUUGCAUAAUGAUUACUACUACACAGACAUCAAGGGGACUCCUUUCAGUCUAGGGGUAGCUCUUUCCAGAGGCCAUGGAAAGUAUUUUUUCAGAGGGAAUGUCACAGUAGAGGAAGGACUUCAUGACUUGGAGCAUCCUGAUGUAGCGCUGGCAGAUGAAUGGACGUACUGCAACACCGAUGAGCACCCAGAGCACCGCCACUUGUCCCAGAUAGAGGCAAUCAAACUCUACCUCAGUGGACACGAACCCCACCUACAAUGUGAUAAGGAGCUGAUUCAGGAGGUUCUCUUUGACGCGGUGGUGACUGCCCCUUUGGAGGCCUACUGGACGAGCCUCGUGCUCAAUAAGUCUGAGAACUCUGAUAAAGGGGUGGAGAUAGCCUACCUGGGCUCAAGAACAGGCCUGUCCAGAAUUAACCUGUUUGUGGUGCCCGACGAGCUUACAAACCAAGACUUUCUGACAGCUGAAGACAAAGAGGGGGUGUUCAACGCCGAUCACUUUCCCCUGUGGUACAAGAGAGCAGCAGAACAAGUUCCUGGUACCUUUGUCUACUCUCUACCUUUCAACUCAGGAACAGAAAACAAGAGUGUUGUAUUGGCCAGCACCGCCAUUCAGCUUCUGGAUGAGAGGAAAUCACCCAUAGCUGCGGCUGUUGGCAUCCAGAUGAAACUGGAGUUCUUUCAGAAGAAAUUCUGGACAGCCAGCAGACAGUGUGCAGCAUUAGAUGGGAAAUGCUCCAUAAGCUGUGAUGAUGAGAACAUUAACUGCUACCUCAUUGACAACAACGGCUUUGUUCUGGUAGCAGAGGACUAUACUCUGACAGGAAAAUUCUUUGGCGAAGCAGAGGGGGCUGUAAUGAGUAAGCUUCUGCAGAUGGGCUCUUUCAAGAGGGUCACUCUGUAUGACUACCAGGCUCUAUGUUGGGUUUUUUCAGAAAGUAGUGACAGUGGACACACACUGUUGGAUCCUUACUUUGCUUUCUUCUCAAUCGUGAAGUGGAUCCUGACUGAGCUUGUCAUAUUCCUGGUGGAGUUCAACUUGUACAGCUGGUGGUACUCUGACCUCACAGCUAAAGCUCAGCGGAGGGGUCGAUCCAUGCAGGUACCAUGUGACACGGAGUACCCGGCCUUCGUCUCCGAGAGAACCAUCAAAGAGAACAUGGGCAACGUUGACUGUGACGGCUGCAUCAAGUCCUUUGUGAUCCAGCAGAUCCCCAGCAGUAAUCUCUUCAUGGUGGUGGUGGACAACAAGUGUGACUGCAGCAUGUUUGAGCCAAUCACCAUGGACCCCAUCGAAAUCAUGUAUAAUGAGUCUCUCAAGUGCGAGAGGUUGAAGAUGCAAAAGGACAGGAGGCGCCCAGAUACCUGUCACCCUUUUCACCCAGAGGAGAACUCAAUGGAGUGUGGAGGAGCUGCGGGUCUCACCCCGUCUCUCGCAGCAACACUGCUCUGCGUCUUCCUAGCGCUGUUCCCCAGGUGACCAGAGCUGGCGAAGCCUCUCCAUCCAGAACUUCACUUGGAUCCGCUUGACUCGGCAUGCAAAAGAACCGCAACAAUGCCACAGAAAAAAACACUCCUGCCCCUUAUAAAACUGUGCCCAAUUCCAACUCACCUCCAACAAAGCCCCUAGCCCUGAGGUAUCUCCCUACACGACACCUGUAUGAAAGGACUGUUAAUGGAUAGCUAUUACGGCUGCUAAUUAGUCAUCAUUACAGUGCUUUUGCAAUAUCACAUGAGCUGCACGGAGAGGUCAUUGGGGAGAUACAAAGUUAGGAACAUAGUAAUAAUGCCAACAAUGCACAUAGUAGCUUAAAAAUUGCACAAGUGGUCCCAGUGGUCCCACUGACAUUCACUAUGUUCACUCCUUUUAGGUUGCAGCUAAGGGCUGGGGUCUGUAGCUGGACUUGGAACUGGGCAUUACAGCCACGUAACACCCGGUUGGAGAGAGACAGGUGCACCUCUCCCUGGCUCACUCUGAAUUUUAAUGGACAAUAAUGAUUCUGAAGAUUGAAAAAAAAAUAAAAAUACUGAAGAUGAAGAUGAUUAUAUGUGGCCGGGGUCGUAAUAUAAUGUUUGUCAAUGAUCUUUUUUUCAUGAUGGGAAAAAACAAGUUAUAGUCAAAAUGAAGAAAAAAAAUAAUUUUAUUUAUGAUUUGCAAGUGGUACCCAUAAACUGUGACUAUGAGAUUUUUUGAGUCCUCUGAUGUGAGUGGUUGUUAAUAUUUGAGCUUUGCCUUAUUGAACGAUAUUGGUCCUGUUUGUGUACUUUUUAAAUAAAAUGAUGUUUAAAAUGGAUGCUGUUGUUAAUAGUUAAUAUACAGCAUCAGUUGUCAUCCCUA